UCCUGCCGGGGUAAGCACGUGGUUCCGUAUGUGUGUCAGACAGAGGUUUUCUGAGCUACCCUUCUAUUUUUUCCCCCCAGACAGUUAAUAUUCAUUUUCCAGCACUUUUAUCCUCUACCAACCCACGACGAUUCGAAACGGCAACUGGGCGGAGUGUGUGUGUGUGUUGUGCCAUCCGAUCCAUCUCGUUCGCGGGUCAUGACGCUCGAGGCGAUCCGUUACCGGGCCGGGUCUCUGCAGAUUCUUAACCAGCUGCUCCUACCGCAGGAGACUGUGUUCGACGAGGUCCGCACAGUGCAGGACGGCUAUGAAGCGAUCAAGUCCAUGAAGGUGCGGGGGGCUCCUGCCAUCGCCAUCGUAGGCUGUCUGAGCCUGGCAGUGGAGCUGCGCGCAGGUGCCGGGGGCAACGACCCCGUGACCUUCAUCCGGGAGUCUCUGUGUCACCUGACUUCUGCAAGACCCACGGCCGUCAAUAUGGGCCGGGCCGCCCGAGAACUGAUGGAGUUUGCCGAGAACGAGAGCAUGGAGAAAAACCCAGAACAACUCACAGAGAGUGUGAUUGGCUGGAUCGAGGAGAUGCUGGAGCGGGAUGUCAAUGACAACAAGAAGAUCGGUAACUACGGAGCUCAACAUAUCCUGUCUGGUGUUCCCCGAGACUCUGUCACCAUCUUAACUCACUGCAACACAGGGUCACUGGCCACGGCAGGAUACGGCACUGCACUGGGUGUGGUGCGUUCCCUCCAUGCUCUCGGCAGACUGAAGCGGAUGUAUUGUACAGAGACCAGACCCUAUAACCAAGGGGCCAGACUGACAGCCUAUGAGGCCGUGGCUGAAGGGUUCCCUGCUACUCUCAUCACAGACAGCAUGGCUGCACUCACCAUGAGAGAGAAGAGCAUCACAGCUGUUGUCGUAGGGGCGGACAGGGUGGUUGCUAACGGCGACACGGCCAACAAAAUCGGCACGUACCAGCUGGCCAUCGCCGCAAAGCACCAUGGGAUCCCGUUCUACGUGGCGGCGCCCAGCACGUCAUGUGACCUGAGUCUGGAGAGCGGCCGGCACAUUGUCAUCGAGGAGCGCCCCGCCGAGGAACUCACCAGCAUCAACGGAGUCCCCAUCGCUGCCCCGGGUACGAGUGUGUAGAGAGCGGGAGACAAUGGCAGAGGGAGAAACAGACAGAUUGAUAGAAAGAUAGUGGUAGAGAUAUAACAGUAUAGUCCCUGGUAGACAGACAGACGGACAGACGGACAGACGGACAGACGGACGGACGGACGGAACAGUGUAUUCUCUGGUAGACAGACAGAGGGUACAGUGUAUUCUCUGGUAGACAGACAGACAGAGGGAACGGUGUAUUCUCUGGUAGACAGACAGAGGGUACAGUGUAUUCUCUGGUAGACAGACAGAGGGUA